ACCCAGCUCCAGGACAUUGAGGCUGGAGAGGAGAGGAGGAUUGUGUUUACCCGCUGAUAGUGAACGAGGGAGAUCUGAGCCCAGAGAGGAGGAGAAGGAGGAGGAGGAGGAGGAGGUCAUGGAGACUUUUCGACUGUAAGUGAAGGGGAGAAAGUUGUUCUUUUUGCGGAGGAUGCGGAGAGGAAGCGAUGCAGGAAAGGAGCUGAGGACUAUGUUGGGAGUUCCUGACUGAAGUCAUGGGUUCGGAGGCCAUGGAGGACUGCGUGCAGGGGGCGCUCUCGUCACUUUAUCCUCCCUUUGAGAGCACGGCGCCGCCCCUCCUCUCCCAGGUCUUCUCCGUCCUGGAGUCGACGUAUCAACACGACAGUCUCCGCUACCUCCUGGACUACUUUGUUCCUGCCAAACACCUCCUGCACAAGCUGCAGCAGCACGCCUGUUCUCAGUACCUGGGCUGCUUGUUCCUUCACUCCGGCUGGCCUCUGUGUCUGGGAGAGAAAGUGGUCGUCCAACUCUCCACCUUGGACUGGAGGCUCCUGCGCAGUAAUGACUUCUACCUGCAGGUGGUGCCCUUCUCGACGCGCUGCCCCCGACUGGCUCUGAAAUGUCUGGCCCCUGGGGGGCGCACUGUUCAGGAGAUCUUGGUGCCCGAGUCACAGCACCCCCUUGUGUUCACCUCUGAGUGGCUGCACAGUAUCAACAAAGAACGAGGCCACAAGAGGGAAGUUGGAGGAGGACUUGACACCUGCCUGGUCAGCACAUGUGAUGGUGUGGUUCGACUUUCGUGGAAGGAGGUCGUCUACCCAAAGUUCAUCCACGACCCUUCGGAGGAGCUGGCCUUGAUGUCGAACUACGACGGCUCCAUAACCGGCCGCCUGCCCAGUGAGGGGGGCAGCAGCAGCCUCGGGGGCUGGGGUGGCUCAUCCUCUGGGGAACUGGACUCCUGGUCCUGGGACGAGGAGGAAGAUGAUCUACAACCGGACGGCCUGGACUCUGGGUCAGCGCUCCCCCGGCGAAGGCGCAGCGAAGAUGGGCUUGGGCGGACAGCCAGGCACCCUCAGCUUGACGGGGACUAUGUGGAGCUGUUGGAGCCCAGAGGGGGUCCUGACGGGGGGGUCGACCCACGGCAAAGGUACCUGGAGAUGCAUGGGAUCUCCAAGACCAAGACGUUGCCUCUGUGCAGGAGAAGUAAGGCCAUCAAACUCCGAAAGGGCAGAGCUUGGGGAUAUGGGAGAAUUGAAAGGUCAGGAAGCCUUCGGGCUGUUCUUGGUGCCAAAGGAGACGUGGCGAACCCCAAAGGUGACACGUUAGCGCCUCGGCCUCCUCCAGGAGUCGCUGAGCCUUGCAGAGGGAGGCGGUCUUAUUCCUCCUCUGUCCUUGACUCUGACGAAGGAGAUAAAACCAGCAGGGACUCGGGGGGCGUAGGAAGCGGCCAGCUUUUUUUUGAAGGCCCAUCCAAGGAGAGGAGGCCAGGCGUUGGCAAGGAGAGAGAGAGCAGCGGCCUCACGCAGCCGUGCAGAGAUGAGCACAGAAGUAAAGACUCAGAGAGCGGCGACAGUUUGGUCACAAACGAAAUCCAUGCGUUGACGAACCACAAAGUGGAGCAUGUCGUAGAGGGCCACUCGGAUCACGGAUCUCAUUCAGACUCGGUCUUUGAGGACACUGAUAAACCACUGAGUGGUGACAGUGACGCCACCACGCCGACAUCAGAUGCACCAGAGAGACCAUUCACUGGCGUUUCAGAAAGUGGAGACAUCACCAACAGUGGGUCCAGAACAACGAGUUCGUCUAAGCCGAAGGUGGCAGAGGAACGGGAAGGAGGAAAGACGGAGGACAGGAUGUGUCCCAGAGGAAAGGAAGUUAAAACUGCAGGAUUCAGAGCACCACGGAGGAAAAGGAAGGGGAAGGGGGCCAAAGGAAGAGCCAGGUCUGCCGGGCGUGCACACCACAAGGUCUCGAAGCUGCAGAGUAAAGCUCCUCUGUCAGGUCCGACCUGCAGCUCCACUUCCACAAAGCUGCCGGUCACAGAGGAGAACCAGUCGGAACAAACAGGACCGGCUGACGAACCUGAUGCGGCGCCCACUGCAACCAAAGAGGCCGCGGAGAACACGAAGAAAAGCGGCGCAGAGACGGAAGCUGAGUCUUUAUCCGUCUGUAACGGACAAUCCGGCACAUCCCUAUUUAACCACUCUAAUGAAGAGCCACAGUCAGCAGAGACAUGUCCCGACCAACUGAACGGCAUCUUGUUUAAAGAGCCGCCCCGGCUCAGGGAAUUGAACACGGAACUCCUCCAGUCAGGGAAGCUGAAGUUGACAGGGACUGUGGACCGGUUGGGACGCGCUCUGGUUGUCACGGAGACGGACGCCUCAGCGGAGGGUUUGUGUGAGGACGAGACGGUUCGGGUCCUGGCCUGCUACCACAGCAUCACCCGGCCGGCAGCCAAAGACAAAGGUCUCACGGUGUUAAUGGACAGCAGACGCUCUCCACCCUCCGCCCGCUGCCUCGCUGCACUUCAAAAGUUCCAGCUGCUGGUCCCUGGCGGCCUCGGGUCGGUUCUGGUUUUGUUGGAGGAGCAGCAGGAGUCCAUCGCUCUCGAUGUGGACGGAGCAGAGAUCCACAUGGUGCAGGGAACCGGGGUCCUGCAGCAGUUUGUGGACAAGCAGCAGCUGCUCACAGAGAUGGACGGAGACUUCGUCCACUGUCACUCGGACUGGCUCGCCUUCAGACUGAGCCUGGAGAGUCUGACAGAGCGUUGUGAGAGCGCCCUCAUGCUGCUGGGAGAAGCACUGCAGUCGAUGGACACUGAGCCACUGCCAGACAACAUCAAGGCGGUUCCUCUGAGCAUCGACAAACACCGACAGCUGAUGGCGAGCGUCCUGGCCGACCAGCGCCUAACUGAGCUGCAGCAAAGGGGCGGGGCCUGGCUGGCCGGACUGACCAAUAGCACAUCUGGACUAGCACAGAAGUCGCCAGACUGCAGGGCUGCGCUCGCCGCCACCUCCAAACUCUACGACAGCGUGGACGACGCCCUCCACAGGCUCGUCCGAGUGUCCAACCAGAGAGGUCGCGACCUGGAGGCUCUGGGGCGACUGGCCGGGCUGGCAGACAAACUGGAAAAGUGCGAUAAGGAGAUCGAGCGAGUCCAGUCCCAGCUGGAGGAUUACAAGGACCCUCCUCUCUCCCUCAGCCGACUCUCCCUCAAGCAGCAGAAGUUUAAGACCUUCAGAGAGACGGCGAAUGAGCUGCACAGUGAGACUCUGUCCGUGCUCAGUGUCCUGGAGAGCUGGUGCGAGCUGGACUGGGCGGGUCUGAGCAACGUCCAGAUCCGACUUCCUCCUGUGAGGGAGAAGCUGAGAGACAUGUCCCACUGUCUGUCUGACUGCUGGACCACCCUGGACAACACGCAGAGGCUGCUGUCCACGCUGACCGAGGCGACCCAGUGGUGUGAUGCCGUCUCCUCCUCCUCCUCCUCCUCCUCUUCGUCCUCUAACACCUGCCCUCUGGCCUCCCUCCCUCCCAUCCCCCCGUCACGUUUCCAGGACGCCCGCUCCCUGGCUUUGGAGCUCGGCGGCGGGGCGCUGCUGGACUUCUGGACCCAGACAGUGGAGCGCUACCAGAGGACGGUAGCACAGGUCAAACCGCGGUUCCUCCAGUCGGACAGGGGCCAGAAUCCGGGCCAGGGGAAGCCCAAGACGCCGUCGGCCAGCAGCCUGUGGGACCUGAUGGGCCCCGAGGGAGAGGGCGACUGGGGGCUGGGGGCCGGAGGGAGCGAGGGGGGGCUGCAGUCCUGGGGAUCUCUGGCGUCGCUGUUCAGGCCCCAGACCUGCUCCACCCUGAAGAUAGGAGAGGAGAAAGGGAAUAAGAAAGACGGAGCAGGGGGAGGAAACGGAGGAGGAGCUGGAGGAGGGAAGUUCCUGCAGAAUCUCCUGAAUCCUGGGAAGAAGAGCCCCCCAGAGGCGCCGCUCCCUCCCAAACCGCCCAGGAAGCGCCACCCGAGCUUCGACCUCCAGGCGCUGCUCGCCCCCCGCCGAGGCACGGCCACCCCGAAACCCGCCGAGUCUCCGGUGAGCGGGUCGAGCCGCAACUCCCCCAUGUCCUGGCUGGGGAGACGGGCGUUCGCCGACCCGGUCAUCACCACCGGCAUGGCUGCGGCUAUACCUGGGUGGGGCGGGGGCGGAGCGGGAGGAGGCGUGUUGAUCCGGGGAGUGGAGGUCAGCAGCAAGGAGGUGGUGGACCACACGGGGUCGCCGCGGCAACACGUGCUGCUGGGGAGGACGGAGAGGGAGACGGGGACAGACCGGACCGGCUCAACUCCUCAGAGCAAGCUGUACCUGCUGUGGUGCCGGAUGCUGAGUUCAGAGAGGCAGUACGUGGCCGUGCUGAAGGGCGUGGAGGAGACGUACCUCCCUCUGCUGGAGCUCUCGGACACGCCGGCCUCCAUCAGGGGGAAGGCGGACGCCCUCUUCCCCAACUGGGCCGGCCUCAGCUCCUUUCACUCGCAGAACCUCCUCCCGGCCAUGGAGGGCGCUCUCGUGCAGAGCUUGUUGCAACAGGACUGCUUCAGCAAAUACCGGGAGCGGUUUCUUCAGUACUCUCACUACAUCAGGACCAAACCAGAACUGGACUCUCCGCUGGUCACACAGGCCGCGGACUUCUUCAAGUCCAAACUCCCUGCUGCCUCCCCCCUCUCCCCCCUCUCCUUCCCCCACUGCCUGCAGGCCCCCACCCAGAGGCUGGAGCAGUACUGCGAGGCCCUGGAGGAGCUGGGAGGGAUCAACGCCGCCUCCGACUCCGCCCUCCCCAUCCUCAGACACGCCCAGCGGCACGGCGAGGACCUCAGGGCCAGUGACCUCAUCGUCGGAUGUCCGACCCCCGUGGUGGAGCGCGGCGAGCUGGUGCGGCAGGGCGAGCUGAUGGUGUGUGGCGGAGGUCGGAGGAAGCGGGCGGGCGCGAGGAACGUUUUCCUCUACCAGCACGUCGUCAUAUUCACCAAGCAGAAGAGCCCCGGGCCCGGACGCACGGCCUACAGCUACAAACACAGCAUCAAGACGGGUGAGAUGGGUCUGACUCAGCGAGUGGGCGACGACGGGCUGAGGUUUGAAGUUUGGGUUCGUCAGGCUCCUCGAACCAAGGACUGCGUCACGCUGCAGGCGCAGGACCGGGAGGGCAGGGAGGCCUGGACUCACGACAUCGCACAACUGCUGUGGACUCACGCCAUCAGCAACACAGAGCUGUGCCUGAAGGAGUCCCUGUGCAUGGGAAUCUCCAGUAAACUGCUGCUGGACGCCACUGGAACUCCCGGCUCAGAGCUGGACUCCAUCUACAGUCUCAACGACAGAGUCCACAGUAGCUGCUCCGACUCCUCCUCCGUGGGCAGUCAGAAGGAGGGGGGAUCCCCGGCGUCGGGGAGGGACCCCAGGAGAAGCUCUGGCUCAACAAGUUACUCACAGAGUCACUCUCCCUCCACAGCCGUGUAACUGCCGUCGCAACAACAAAACUGGACCCUGGACUUUCUGACGACCCGAACAUCUCUGUUCCACCUGUGGACGAAGCCGAGCUGGACUUCAGGGAGCGAGGGGACGGAGGAGGACGCCCGUCGGACUCUGUUUGAACUUCUCCCACAUGUUUGCUCUCCUUCCCCUUUCGCCCCUUAAAACAAAUAAAAUGCCAGCAGAUUAGCCGGAGCAGCGCUGCACUGCUUUCUCCCCCGUCUUAACCCUCCCACCUCCGAUAUGAAAGAAAACCAACAGAGAGCUGACCCCCAAAAA